CUCCUCUCCCGCUCCCUCUUCUUUUCUUCACAGAGAAAAGGGAAAGGGAGAGAGAAGGAGAGAAGGGAACGCAAAGGUGAUCUCUUUGUGGAUCUCCCCUCCUUCCAGGGCUAGGGCUUUUUUCCUUCGUUCCCCUUCAUCCUCGAUGGGUGUCUUUCAACCCUGGGGCUUCCGCUUGGAGCUUUCGGAUGAGUACUAGUUGAAACGCGCGUGGAGUCCGGCUAGCGCUCAUCGAGGGAGUGGGAGUUGGAAGGAAGGCGGCUUUUUGAAGGGGGAAUAGGCCGGCGGAGGAGAUGAGUGCCUCCAGGUUUAUCAAGUGCGUCACGGUGGGCGACGGCGCCGUCGGCAAGACCUGCAUGCUCAUAUCGUACACCAGCAACACUUUCCCCACGGAUUAUGUCCCUACGGUGUUUGACAAUUUCAGUGCAAAUGUAGUGGUUGAUGGUAACACGGUUAAUAUAGGUUUGUGGGAUACUGCAGGCCAAGAAGAUUACAACAGACUAAGACCUUUGAGCUAUCGAGGUGCAGAUGUUUUUCUGUUAGCCUUCUCUCUCAUAAGUAAAGCCAGCUAUGAAAAUGUGGCCAAGAAGUGGAUUCCUGAACUGAAUCACUAUGCACCUGGAGUGCCCAUAAUUCUCGUCGGAACAAAACUUGAUCUCCGGGAUGAUAAGCAGUUUUUCAUGGAUCACCCUGGUGCCGUAUCUGUAAGUGCUGCUCAGGGGGAAGAAUUGAGGAAGCUAAUCGGUGCUCCUUCCUACAUCGAGUGCAGUUCAAAGACACAGCAAAAUAUAAAGGCAGUAUUUGAUGCGGCCAUUAAAGUGGUACUCCAACCACCCAAAAAGAAAGGUAGGAAGGCGCAGAAGGGUUGCUCCAUCUUGUGAUUACUAUGCACAUGAAAGAAAGAAUUCUGUGCUAUCAACUCGCAAUUGUAGCAAGUCAUGGACGCAUCAGGUCUCUGUUUCCCUUCCUCCUUUCUCGUCUUGUGAUUUGUAUCGACUUAUCGAGCGUGCACAUCAAUGUUGCAUUGAUCUUCUGAGUCUGUUUUGAGUUGCAGACAUGGUUUUUGUAUCUCAAUUUGAUCACUUGAAAAAGCUUGUUGACGAAGUGCAUUUGGCUGGUAAUUCAUGUUUUGAAACAGUGUGA